AUGGGUUCUUUCAAAAUAAUCGCCAUAUUCUUUUUGGUUCUCCUACUUUUCCCAUCAAUUCAACCCAAAUGUGGAGCUUCAGCUUCUGCUGAAGAGGCUGUUGCUCUUUUGAAAUGGAAAGCCAGUUUUCAGAGCCAGAUCAAUAGCAACCUAACCUCAUGGAACCUUCAAUCCAUCAACGCCAAGAAUUCUUCUAGCCUUCCAUGCACUUGGGCUGGUAUUUCCUGCAUUAAUGGAAGCGUCAACAGGUUGAACCUCUCAAAUUGGAAUAUUAAAGGUAGCCUCCAUGAUUUCCCAUUUUCAUCCCUCCCAAAUCUUGAAUAUCUUGAUCUCAGCCUGAAUCAGAUCUUCGGCAGCAUACCUAAACAAAUAGGUAGCCUGUCGAAGCUCAUUUAUCUUGAUUUCUGGGUAAAUGAAUUGUCACAAGAAAUCCCACCUGAAAUUUGCAACUUGAGAAACUUGACUCAUUUGGCUCUUGCAAGUAAUCAGCUCUCAGGUCCAAUUCCAUCAGGAAUAGGGGAGCUGCAUUAUCUCGUGGAACUUUAUUUGGAUAACAACUAUUUAACAGGUUCAAUUCCAGCCAGUUUUGGUGACCUCAACAGGCUAGCGGAGUUGAGACUUUUUCAAAAUCACCUCUCUGGUCCCAUUCCCAGUGCAAUUGGGAAUUUGUUUUCGCUUCGAUUUCUUUACUUGAAUCACAAUAAUCUUAUUGGUGCAAUCCCAAAGUCACUGGGCAAUUUGACCAAUUUGAUUGAAUUGCUUCUCUUUGACAAUCAACUUUCAGGUUCAGUUCCAAAGGAAUUGGGUAAUCUGAAAUUCCUUACCAGUGUGGCCAUGAAUCAGAACCAACUUAAUGGUUCCAUUCCUGCUUCAAUUGGAAACUUGAGUAAUUUAAGAAUGUUGUUUCUUCGAGAUAACCAAUUUUCUGGUACCAUUCCACAAGAGCUUGGAAACUUGAAUAAGUUGGUUGCUUUGGAAUUGGAUCAUAAUAAGUUCUUUGGUCCAUUACCAGAACUACCAUGUCAAAGUGGAAUGCUCCAAAACAUUACGGUAUCUGAGAACAUGCUUACUGGUCCAAUCCCUAGAAGUCUGAAAAACUGCUCAAGCUUAAUUAGAGCCCGUUUUGAGGGUAACCGUUUCCGAGGAAACUUGUCAGAGAUGUUCGGAAUCUAUCCAUUCCUGGAUUUCAUAGAUCUCAGCAACAACGAAUUCUACGGAGAACUCUCUAGCAACUGGGGUAAAUGUAAACCUUUGAAAACCCUGCUGGUUGCAGAGAACAACAUCACAGGUGGUAUACCUCCAGAAAUUGGAAAUUUGACUCAACUACAUACACUUAAUCUUUCUUUGAAUUCUUUAUCAGGGAAGAUACCAAGGGCAGUUGGAGAGUUAGCUUCUAUGCUUAAACUGGAUUUACAUGACAACCAACUUACUGGUAAUAUUCCUCAGGUAAUGGGAGUGUCAUUGGAAUUUCUAGACCUGUCCACAAACUCCUUGAGUGGAACUCUACCUGAAAAUUUGGGUGGUAUGAAACACUUGUUUCACAUGAACUUGAGCAACAAUAUUUUAAGUCAAAGGAUUCCACUCCAGAUUGGGGAGUUAACCCAACUUUCUGAACUGGAUUUGAGUCAAAAUUUCUUCACAGGAGAGAUACCAUCUGAGUUUCAAAGUUUGCAGAGUUUGGGGACAUUGGAUCUCUCCCAAAAUAACCUCUCUGGCUUGAUACCAAAGGCUUUGGCAGAAUUGCCUGGUUUAUUGCACAUUAAUCUUUCUUUUAAUAAUUUGGAGGGUCCAAUUCCAAGUGGUAGAGCCUUUGGAUAUCUAACCUUAGAAGAAGUAAAGGGAAACAAAGGUUUGUGUGGCAAUAUUACAGGGUUCCGAGCCUGUGAAAGUUCCCCGCCGAUUAAAAAGCAUGUCAAGUAUAAAAGGAAGGAACUUGCUCUCAAAAUUGUAUUACCUCUUCUGGGAUCAUUCAUACUUCUUGGUGCAUUCUUUGGAGCUUUUAGAUUGCAUGAUCAAAGAAAAACAAAUUCAAGAGCAGAAGAUAUGGAGGUGAAAAAGGGUGAUUUAUUUGCCAUCUGUGCUUAUGAUGGCAACGCAUUGUAUAACAAAAUCGUGAGGUCUACAGAAGAGUUCAGUGAAAUAUUUUGCAUUGGGAAGGGAAGUUAUGGAAGUGUUUACAAAGCACAGCUUUCAAUAGGUGAUGUAGUAGCUGUGAAGAGACUUCAGAACAUGCCUAAUGUGGCAAAGGAUAAAAGCUUCUUGAAUGAGAUCAGGGCUUUGACAGAAAUCAAGCAUCGAAAUAUUGUGAAACUCUUUGGCUUCUGCUCAAAUGCUCGGCAUUCAAUUUUGAAGAAGCCAAGGAACUCGACUGGCAAAAGAGGCUGA